CCUUCUUCUGCUCUGUCGACAUAUUAACAGGCCAGUAAAAUAUGGGCGCCUACAAGAGGUCCCGAGCGUCGUCAGUGAUGGGAGAAAAGAACGUAGAAAUAGAGACGGAAGACGGUAUCCGCGUGAAUCGACUUAAUCCGCUGUGACCGUGACGAACCGAUUUAGCAUCAUCUCUUUGUCAUCGUGACGCGUGACGUACAACCUCCUUUACCUCUGUCUUCCUCAUCGCGCACGGUGACGCGGCCUGGAUGGUGCGAUGGUGUACAUUCAGUCCUGGCAAGAAUAUCAAGAUGCAGCAGAGGCUCUGUAUGCAAAAUCUCCUGUGACCACGCGGUACUGCGUGAAAUGGAAGGCAUCCGAAGGAAAGCUUGUGUUGAAAAUAACGGAUAAUACAAGCUGUAUCAAAUUCAAAACUUAUUCCUCCAUAUUCCUCAAUAGGUUCGAAGCUUUGAAUCUGUCGUUGAUGGAAAAGAUGCAAAAUAGACGAAUGGUUGUGGAACCCACGCCUGCUCAAUCAUCGUCGCAUGUCGUAGAAAAGGUUGAAACCGCUGCGGCGUCUGCGGUAUCACCGUCGAGUACUACUCCAACACCGUUGACUAGCGGAGGAGGGGUGAAAAAGAAGAAGCCAAAGAAGAAGAAGGGAGGGUGACAGGCUGAAUGUUAUUUAGAUUGCGGUUGUGAUAGACGGGUCCUGAACCGUACGUAUUCCUCUACGCCUGACUUUGCGUCUUGUUCGGGUCAUUCAUCGUUGUCCCUAGUCCCUUAGUGCGAACUGUACUGGCGGACUUUGUGAUGUGAUUAGUAUUUGAACGCUCCAUCAUUGUACUAGCGCCACAUUCUCAAUAGUAAU